AUGAACGAGGACUAUAAUUUUGAUGAUCUCUUGGAACCUGAAAAAAUACAGCUACCUGAUGCAAGAUCUCUUUCCGAUAAACCUGAAAAUGAAGUCAUUGAAAUCCGUAACCACUUACUUGUAACCUACUACUUAAAUAAUAAAUUGCUUAAUUUAGAGCGGGAAGUAAGCAUUGAUGAAAUUAAAAGGGUCCAUUGCAUUUUGUUAAAAGAUACUCCUCAGGAGAAAAUUAGUGUAUGGGGCAAUAUCCAAGAAGCAGGGAAGUUUCGAACAGUGUCAAUGCAGGCACCAGAAACUGAUCAAAAAGACUAUGUAGUAGAUUCAAUGGUUGAAGCUCGAGCAGAGAAGGAUUAUAGUCUGUUGUUCGACAUAGUUGGUACAAACCAUCUUUGA